AUGGGUCAUUUCCGCAGCAACUACCCAAGGUUGGUAAACGCAAAUGCGAAUGUCAAUCCAAAUGUCAACGCGAACGCGAAUGUGAAUCCCGCUCGUGGACAAGCAUUCAAUCUGAAUGCGAACGAGGCGAGGGCGGACAACAAAGUUGUUAACGGUGAUCCGAUGUCUCCUUAUCUGUUUACUCUGGUUAUGGAGGUUCUGACUGCCAUUCUUCAGCAAGCAACGUCUAUUGAUUCAUCUUUCAGGUUUCAUAGAAAUUGUGAGAAACAACGGAUUGUCAAUCUUUGUUUUGCCGAUGACUUGUUUUUGUUUGCUAGAGGAGAUGUGCAAUCAGUGAAAAUCAUUAUGGACUCGAUCAACAUGUUUAAAGACUUGUCCGGUUUGGUUCCUAGUAUGCCGAAAAGUACAGCUUUUUUCUGUAACGUCUCAAUGGGAAUCAAGCGGAGUAUUCUUAAUAUUAUGUCGUUUGAGGAGGGGUCGCUUCCGGUGAAGUACCUUGGUGUCUCUCUUAUUGCUACUAGACUCUUGUUACAGCUUAUUAUUUCUGUCCUUUCGUCGUUCUAUAUAUACUGGGCAUCGGUUUUCGUCCUACCUAUAAGUAUUAUUCGUGAACUAGAACAAAAGAUGCGGGAUUUCUUAUGGAGCCAAGGAGCAUUGUCCAAAGGCAAAGCUAAAGUGGCAUGGAAAACGGAACUCACUUUGGGUGCAGUGGAUCCAUGCUUAUCGGUUAAAAGAAAGAAGCUUAUGGGAGAUUCCCAUGCAAAGCAACAUAUGUUGGAGCUAGAGAAAAUUGCUAUUGAUCAGGACCACAAUAAGAGAGUUUCUAUGGACCGAUAUAAGAAAUGGUGCAAACACAUCGUUAUGAUUUGGAGUUCUGUUAGGAAAAAAGUAAGAUUGACCCACUUACAAUGUAAAUGGGAAGAUAUUGUUAAUUGGCUGAUUCCGAGAGCUUCUUCAAAAUCGGCGCAUAUAGUGACUGCAAAGUUAAUAUUGGUUGCAACUGCUUAUUACAUAUGGCAAGAGAGGAAUGCUAGAUUUUUCAAAAAUCAACUAAGACCGCCAGAAAAAGUGGAGGAAAUUAUUGUGGAAACUAUAAGGUUGAAGCUUUAUUCGUUCAAGUUCAAGAAAACGGAUCGGGUUAGAAGACUGUUGGAGGAAUGGAAGAUUGCAUCUGCGGAUGUGAUAGUGGAUGACUAG